UUGCGCUUCUUCAAUAAGUUGGGAUGAUCUCGAUGCGUUGUUGACUUCCAUGUUUGAAUGCUCGCAUUCAGAAGUGCGUCAACAUAUAAACAAGCUCCCUCUCCCAAAAUUCCCCUUUUCCCCUUUCCUCUCCGGACUUCGUACAAUGAUCCAAUCUCUACCUACACGCUUCAUCAGACCCUGUACCAGGACACUUCAUUCCACAACCAAAACAAGAGCACUCAACACCACUGCACGAACCACUUUAGCGACUCCAACAACGCUUUAUCAACCAACCACAAGUUCAUCCAAACUUCCAAGAACCAGUCUCCCACUCCCUCUCUACCAACAAUCUCACAAAAUGUCGACCGGAACCAAGUCCGCAGCCGCCGCCAGCCACGCUGAGCUCCACCGCAACUCCCUCUUCAACCUCGCGGGCCGCGUCGCCCUCGUCACCGGCGGCGGCACUGGCAUCGGGCUGAUGGCCACGCAGACCCUCGCAGUCAACGGCGCCAAGGUGUACAUCGUCGGCCGCAACAAGGAGAAGCUGGACAAGGUAGUGGAGAUUUACAACAAGGACAUCGAGGGCGAGAUCAUUGCCCUGCAAGCGGACGUGACCAAGAAGGAGGACAUUGCCGCUUUGGUCAAGGAGAUCGAGUCGCGCGAGAAGUGUCUCUGCAUCCUGGUCAACAACGCGGGCGUUUCCUCUUCAAGCGUGACAACCGAAGCCAGCGACGCCAAGGAGCUCAAGCACAACUUGUUUGAGAAUAAGGACGCUACUUUCGACGACUGGACAGACACGUACCGCACCAACGUGGCUAGCAUUUACUUCAUGACCUCGGCUUUCCUUCCCCUCUUGCAGGCUAGCACCGAGCGCCACCCCGGCUGGUCCGGCACAGUGGUCAACAUCAGCAGCAUUAGCGGGCAAGUCAAGUCGGCCCAGCACCACUUCAGCUACAACGCCAGCAAGGCGGCGGCUAUUCAUCUGAACCGCAUGCUGGCAGCCGAGAUCGCCAACGCCGGGCUCAAGAUCCGCGUCAACAGCAUCGCGCCCGGUCCCUUCCCCAGCGAGAUGACGGCCGAGGAGAGCGAUGAGUUCCAGAAGAGUCAUAUCCCCAAGGAGAAGUACGAGGCCAAGUACCCGGGUGCUCGUCCGGGUCGCGAUAUCGAUAUGGCGCAGGCGGUGCUGGCGUUGGUGUCGAACCAGUUUAUCAAUGGCGAGACGUUGGCUGUUGAUGGUGGGUACAAGUUGGCUGCUGGACUCUAAACGAAAAGGGGGAUGAUGAUGUUGACGGAGGAAGGGAUAUCUGUUUAAUGAUAUGAUUGCAUGUAUGAUAGCGUGUUAUCCUGUUCUUGUGAGGUAGCGUGCCCCAGGGACAGGACAGGACAUCCGGCUUCAAGGUUGGAUGGGGUCUACGUGACCCAGCCUUGCAAAUGCAAGGUGUAAUGAAUUAUGACAUCUUAUUUUUUUUCA